AUGUGGGAGUUCAGAUCCAUGAAUUUUUGGCGAGCGGUCUUCGCCGAGUUCUUCGGGACCAUGUUCUUUGUAUUUUUCGGCAUGGGUGCUGCCCUGCGCUGGACCACCGGGCCUCAUCAUGUCCUUCAUGUGGCCCUGUGCUUUGGGCUAGCAGCUGCCACCCUCAUCCAGUCCAUCGGCCACAUCAGUGGGGGCCACAUCAAUCCUGCUGUCACCUUUGCCUACCUUGUCGGCUCACAGAUGUCUCUUUUCCGCGCCAUUUUCUACAUGGCCGCACAGUGCUUGGGUGCUGUGGCUGGAGCUGCUGUGCUGUAUGGGGUCACACCUACCAACAUGAGAGGCAACAUGGCGAUGAACACGCUGCAGCCUGGUAUCAGUCUGGGAAUGGCCACCACUGUGGAGGUUUUCCUCACCAUGCAGCUCGUGGUUUGCAUCUUUGCUGUGACUGAUGAGAGGAGAAACGGACGCUUGGGAUCUGCUGCCCUCUCCAUCGGCUUCUCUGUCACCAUCGGCCAUCUCAUGGGGAUGUACUACACUGGUGCUGGGAUGAACCCUGCCCGUUCCUUUGCCCCUGCUGUGCUCUUCAGGAACUUUGUCAACCACUGGGUGUACUGGGUUGGGCCUAUGAUAGGAGGUGCCAUGGGCGCCCUCCUGUACGAUUUCAUGCUGUUCCCACGCAUGAGGGGUCUCUCUGAGCGCCUUGCCACACUGAAGGGCAGCCGGCCCCCAGAGAGCGAGACCCAGCAGGAUACCCGCGGGGAGCCCAUCGAGCUCAAGACGCAAGCCCUAUAAACCUGCCCCUGUUCCCCUUCUCCGACUGGGGCCAAGGGAUAAGGGACAGGGCCCUGAGCUAUGCCAGUCCCACCUCCACCGCCCCCCUGCCCCCUAAUGCCUUCAAACAACAUGGCACAUGACUAACCAAAAUACUCACAUAUAAACUAACACAUGAUAGUAUUUUUCCACUGAAAAAAACCCGCACAAUAGCAGGUUCACACCUUUACAAUAUACACACAACAAAGGUCUUACCCCCUAAAAGUCCUUACUUUAUUCAGAUUUUUUUAAAUGAUAAAUGGUGACCAGAACCUGAACCAGCAGCCGCCUCAUCGGCCCAUGCCCACCUGCUUCCUCCUCCCAGACAGGCCUUCAUCAGGAUCCUGAAGAAUAGCACAGAGGUUUGAGUAGGCAGGUGUUAGAAAGGUGGGGGCAAGAUGAGGGACUUUGUGCAGGGAUGUGGGUAUGAUAUAA